UGGCCGCAGUGCGGAGCUCGCUUCCCAACACUGGAACUAACAUCUACCUGCGGGAUGACUGACAGCGAUCUCCCCGCAGUGGUUUGUUCUGAUUCGACUGACGAUGGCCUGGAUAGACCGAGGGCCCGGCGCUGCAUGCCGGCCUCGGUUACAGUGGAACCUGUGCUCUUUCUGUCUAUGUUUGCGAUGGCACUACAGGGACCGCUUGUUACACAGUAUCUGUGGGAUCGGCUGAGCGAGGACAUGGGAUACAAUGGUACUAGAGACCGAGGCUGCACUAACCACAGCGGCAGGCACGACCCAUUACAAAAGGAAUUGGAGACACUGACUUCCCACUGGAGCCUUUACAUUAACUUGGGUGGAUUCCUGGUCGGUCUGUUCUCUGUAAUGUUGCUGGGCCCAUGGAGUGAUCGUGUGGGACGCCGUCCUGUUCUUAUCUUACCAGUCAUCGGCCUGGCACUACAAGCUGCGAUCUACCUCAUAGUCAUGUAUCAGCAGUUACAUGUUGGCUAUUUUUUGCUUGGACGCAUCAUCAGUGGAAUUACCGGUGACUUCAAUAUGGUCCUUGCAGCCUGCUUUGCUUACAUUGCAGACAUCAGCAGUCGGCAGUCACGCACUUUCCGCGUUGCAAUCCUAGAGGCAUGUUUGGGUAUUGCAGGAAUGGUGGCCAGUAUCAUUGGUGGAAACUGGAGGAAAGCCCAGGGAUAUAUCAACCCUUUCUGGCUAGUUUUUGCUGUAAAUAUAGUAACUGCUAUAUAUGUUUUCUUCUGUGUUCAGGAAUCUGUGAAGGAGAAAAAGCCAGAAAGGUUGUUUACUCCCCGGCACUAUAAGUCUGUGUUCCACCUUUUCACGGUGCCUGGAGAGAACAAGAGACGGAGCAAACUGUGCUUAUACUCAUUAGCCCUCUUGGUUGUGGUGACUGUACAUAUGGGUGCCAAAGACCUAUUUGUGAUAUAUGAACUCAGCUCACCCUUGUGCUGGGACUCUGACCUGAUAGGUUAUGGUUCAGCAGCUGAACAUCUCACAUACCUUAGCAGCCUCGCUGGCCUUCGCCUUUUCCAAUUGUGCCUGGCAGACAGUUGGGUGGCAGAGAUGGGAUUCAUUUCAAAUAUCACAGGCCUGGUUGUCAUUUCCUUAGCUGCCACCACUCCACUGAUGUUUACAGGAUAUGGACUUCGAUUCUUUGCCAUGGCAACUACUCCUGUAAUUCGGUCCAAACUGUCAAAACUUGUAGAAGAGGGAGAGCAAGGUGCGCUAUUUUCCUCUGUGGCUUGUGUUGAAGGCCUCUCCUUUUUGUUGGCCACAGGGAUUUUCAACUCACUUUAUCCAGCCACAAUGAGCUUUAUGAAGGGGUUCCCCUUUCUCCUUGGAGCCAUUCUGCUGAUGAUCCCAGCUGGAAUUAUUGGGUUGAUAGAAGUCUGUGACAAGAGACCUCUUUAUAGUCAGUUCUCAGAGAUUUCCUGAAACCGCAGCUGAGGGAGAACAGGACCGAACCGAUGGAUCGCCAGUGAAGCAGUCCCUUACAUUGUGCUUUAGAGGACCUGGUUACUUGCUUCAUCAAAAUCUUAAGCAUUUCCCAAUCUAUUGCUUUCCACAAAUCCAAGGCAGCUAUUCUUUUACAUUAUAUGUAUAACAAAUGGCAAUGGUACUACACAACACCUGUUGUCUAUAGAACCUAAUAUAACAUGGGCAAGGUGCUGUAAGUAGGCUUUUGUCAUAAUGCUGCUAGGUAAACAUGGGUAAUGUGAAUUGUAAAUAUGUCACUGAUAUUAUUUGAGAAAUAUAGAGUAGCAGAGGAUCAAAUAUUCCUUUUUUUUUAGUAAAUAAUUCUACUGACAUUUAGGAGAAAAAUAAACACCUGACCCAUUAAAGGUGUAUCCUGCUAUGUAUUUUGUAAUGGAAGGUUCUUUAUUACAAAGAAUGGAUGAAAAGAGAACCAAUUCUUCAUAAUAUAGUUUCCCCUGUGUGCGCAUGUAUUUUUAAUAUACUUGUAAGGGAAAAAAUAACUGUAUUAUAAAAAAAAUGUAUUUUAAGUUAUAUGCUAUGUAGAUGGUAAUACCUAGAAUGUUCAUGGUAGAUAACAAUGUUUGCACAUCAUAUAACAUUUUAAAAUUCCUGUUGUCUGUCCAAUUUAUGCAUUUUAAUCGGAAAAUGGGCAUUGGUAUGUAAAAUAAUCUAUAUAAUUUAAUCUUAAGUAAUUCUCUUCGAAGGGCUGCAAUACUAUAUCUUUAACUGCCACAAAGAGGAAAAACACAUAGUUAAAGUACUGCUUGGUUGCCACAGAGCACUGCUAGUAUCAAGAUUUUUAGCCAAUAUUAAGAGGGAUUGUUCCGCUGUAAUCAAAGUAACCCUAGGCUGGGGUAUUAGGUACAUAAGUGAGAGAAAGGGACUGUCUGUUCCACAUGAAGAACACUUAAGUUAGAUCGGUCUCAUAGUCCACAAUAUCAGUACCCUGAGGCUGGCCACAGAGGGUAGUAAUAUGUACAGGCGUUUGCUGUCGGAUAUAAGAUAUUUGGUGGCAUCACAAGACACGUUGGAUGACCUGAGAAAUAACUGUGAAAAAAUGGAGGAUUGCAGUUUAUUCUCUAACUGAGCUCCUCCUACGCAAGUUAGACUCUCCAUUUAAAGGGACAGUGCACACCAAUGUUCAUAUAACUGCAUGUAAUAGACACUAAUAUAACGAUGAAUAUACACAGAUACGGAUCUAAAAAAAACCUGUUUAAAACCUUUUAAAAACGUACUUAUAAGCUUGCAGUUUAGCACUGUUGAUUAGGUUAGGCUGGGACACCCAGUGAUAGGGGCAGGUAAAACAAGAAGAAUAGACACUCUCGCCUCCCCCAAUUCCCUGCAAAUGAAAAGACAGAUUACACAUACACGAGCCAGCAGAAGUCUGUAAACACAUGUAUACCUCUGACACUGUGAGGUUUGGUUAGGAGUUUAAAAAGCAUCACAGUGUUAUUAAAAAAUAAGCAAAACUAAUACAUUGUUGCAAAAACACUCCAAAAUGGGUUAUAUAAAUGGAUCAUCUACAAAACAUUUAUGCAAAAAAAAAUCUAGUCUACAAUGUCCCUUUAACUAGACAAGUAGAAACCAAGUGACCCUUGAAAUGAACUGGCCUAAUCAGCUGAAUACCAACCCAGCUGUGUGACUAGCGCUGCUGACUGGGUGACCUGUAGUUUCUACUCAGGACCAGCAGUGCUCUGCAACUCAAUCGAUACUUUAACUAUAUUUUUAACCCUGUUGCCAGGUUAAACGCCUAGCAUUUCAGGAUCAAUAGUGUCAAAAUUACAUGUUCUAUUAAAUAUUGGUCAUUUAAGUAUGAAUUUGAGCCAAUUAAAUUUGUAUCUACUACAUGUUCCGUAAAAAUUUUAAAAUCCUAAAUUUCAUGAGUUGCUUUUAUUAAGUGAUUAUAUAGUAUUGAACUCUAAACCAUAGGAGUACACGUUUAAUAUAUUUCAACACUUACCCUAUGAAAAUAAUUUAGUGUAUUUACCACUUCUUGGUCAAUAGGGCACUUUUAUUGUCUUAAAAAAAUCUGUGCAGAAAAUUUUAAAUCAAUGCACUUUUAUUUUUUAACUGUUUAAAUAUGAUUUCAAUUAGAAAAUAAGGCACUAUGUUUUAACUUUCAUUAUUAAUAUUUCAGUAUCACUGCUUGUUGCUAAAGUUUAGUGUCUAUCCUACUGUUGAACAACAUCAUUGUUUAUGUUAUUGAUGAGUAAAUAUUUAAACCUCUGUCUUCAAGUAAAUGGUUUGAUGUCAUAGCUAUUUGUUCCAGAAUUAAAUUAGAAAACAAACAA